AUGAGCAUAGUCGUCAAGACUGUGUACCCAGAUUUCGACGUUGCCUUGAAGAAUGCCGUCGAAUAUGCGAGCGUUGGUUUGGACUCUCUGUACAAGCUCUCCAAUGCAGCAGCAGUACAACUUGGAAAAGUCUAUGACCAGAGACGGGUUCGAGAACAUCGGCAGGCCUUCGGGCAGCAGCUAGAGACCUUCGCCUCUACUCUGAGGGAUUGCUAUGUCUUUGCCGAUAACGUCGAGAUGCUCCGCGACAACCUUGACACGGCGUCAGCAAAGGAAGUCCGUUCAAUCGUGGAGGAAAUGGCCACAGCCGGGGAAAGAAUUCAUUCUAUGAUCCUCAGGAGCAUCAGCGGGCUUCGUCAAUACUCCCAGGCUAGCCCUUACGACAUUGCCUGGCCCGCAACAGCAAAGAACGCGGGUAGUAAAGCACCACCGAACGGCCCGGCGCUUCGAGCCCAGUUUCAGAGCUCGCUACAAGGCCUCCUGACGUCCUUCAACCAAAUCUCCGGGUUUUGGAACGAUCAGGUGCUUACCUUGAACGCCUUUUUGAGUGGGAAGGAUGGCAAAUUUGGUCUGACGGCAGACCAAGUUAUUACAUUGGCAACCAAAUGGGCACGCUACUCACCCGUCAUUACGGAAACGGUGCAUUCUCUUGUCAAAAUCUGUGACGCACUCAAAAUCGAACCUGGCCGUAGUCAAAGCUCAUCAUCGACACAGCCGAGACCACUCAAACCAUCGGCCACUCCAGCUUCGAAAGCACCGGAGACCACGAGGGCUUCCACGAGACGGAUAGAAGGAUCUCCCUCCCAUCUUAUUUCCGAUGUCUCUCAGCCAUCUCUUCAGCAUGUUCCGACCAUCCGCGGCAACCCAAGUCUGCCCAAUGAUCGUUCGGUAGACACCAAAAGGCAGGCGAAACAGGAGUACCACACGGGCCCCAACCUCUCGCCAGCUCUCAAGUUUACUUCUUUUGUCUUUUUCGCAUUUGCGCUCGGGCCAAAUCUCGCCAUGAACCAAAAUGAAAUCAAGACCGGUAUUGCGAAGUAUUCAUCUCCUCCAUCGACCAAACGGGGAAGACAAAAUCCCCCAAAGUCCACGACAUCCGCAGGGAACUCUACAAGUGUCCCACAAGCAAAUUCCUCUGCUACAAAGCGCAAGAGUUUAUUUGGGCGGUGA